AUGAUAAAUAAUGGUGAAUUUCCAUCGGAUUUGUCCGAUACGAAAGGACAAAAAAAAAGUUUUAAAACUGAUUCUAUCAUUUAUAUUGAUAAUAAUAAAGAAAAUGAUCUUAUUCAAUUUAUUAGCAAAGCACAACAACAAGGUUUUAAUUGUCUUGAUCUUUCAAAAAGAAAUAUCAAAGAAUUUCCUUCUCAACUUCUUGACUUUACAACAUUGCAAUAUUUAUAUUUAGAAGGUAAUCAAUUAGUUCAAUUACCUAAUGACCUUUUUACUCGAUUAAAAAAUUUAAAAUGGCUUGAUUUACGUAAUAAUCAAUUAACAUCAAUACCGAGUGAUGAUCUCGCUAAACAUAAUUUUCUUCAAUAUUUAUUAUUAAGUGGAAAUCGUCUUCAGACAUUACCUUGUGAACUUGGUAAAGUUAAAACAUUAUCCGCAUUAAAUCUUGAUGGUAAUCCAUUAAUACAUCCACCAUUUGAAAUAAUUAAACAAGGUAUUAAAGCUAUACAACAAUAUUUACGUGAUAAAUUUAAUGAGAAUGAUAAAUCAAUAUCAUCUGAUGAUAAUUUGGACGACGACGAAGAAGUAGAAGAAGUAGAAGAAAAAGAUAAUGAUGAUGAUGAUGAUGAUGAUGAUGAUGACGAUCAACAUCGAACAAAACUAAAUCCUCCUCAUCGUCCAUCAUUACCCAGUCGAAAAUCUAAAUCUGAAACGAGCUAUUACGAAACAGCAACUCUAAAUCUGUUACCUGCUCAUCUUCAAUCAUGUUUACAAUUCAAACGAAUGACUUAUUCAGCAAUACGUCCUUCACCAUCAAUUAGAUCACGGCCACAAUCUGAGAUGAGAUUAUCGCAAAUGAAAACAAAGACAAUAACAAAUAAAAAUAAUGAUCCAGAAAGUGAUAUCUAUAUAACUCAAGAAAGACCAUUUACACAAUCAAGGCAUCGUAAUAUAAGAGUUGAUGAAGAAAUACAACAAUUAUAUACAAAAAGUUUUAACCCAAGCAAAGAAUUUGAAGAACCGAUUGUACAUACACCAUUUCAUAUUGAUGCUCAUUUUGCACCAAUAGUGAAUAAAAAUCAACUAGAUAUGAAAAGAUAUGAACGUCGACGAAGUUAUUUACCGAAAUAUUCUAUCAAUGAAAAUGAAGAAAAUUUUCGACGUAUGCGUGAUCAACAAAUUCAAGAUCGUAUUCGUCAAAUAACUGAUAAAAUGCUUAAACGUCGUUUUGAAGCUCGACAAAGUCUAUUUGAAGAAAAACGUCAAGUUAGACUUGAAUUACGCGAAUUACGUAAACUUGAGUCAGCCGGAACUCAACAUCGACCAAUCAGUCAAAUGAAUAAUCGUUCAAAAACAUCUUAUGAUCAUGUUAAUGUUCAAAAAAAAUUGUAA